UUAAACACACAUACACAAACUGCUCCAGUCUUGGGAAAGCUGCAAGUGGGGGGUUUGGGGGUACAUCAUAGAGAAGCAAUAUUGAGUAUCACUGGACUAGCAGGACUGGCUCAGUGUACUUUACAAGGUGUUUGGAGGUUGUUUCACACAUUUUGGGAGCAAGACAGAAGGAACAUGUUGAGGCACUGAGCCAUCUAUCCCUCCACCCGCACCCAGGCAGACUGUGAGGGAGUCUGUUGCCUUGGAUACCAGUUAGUGGAGAAACAGGCUGCUCUUUCCAGAGCAGAGAUAACAAAACAGAAUGUCGUUGUUGAUUCUUCCACCAUUACAUGGAACACCGUUAAAUUUAAAAAAAAAAUGCCUUACAUCCAGUAAUUUCUAGGGAAAUUCUAGUUGGAAGCAACCAACAGAAGCAAAUAAAUAGAAGGGAAUUUGUAAUGACCUCUUGGACAGUAUUCAGUACUACAGUCAAUUCUCACAGUAAUAACCCUAUUCAAGAGUAACCCUCCCUCCUUUGACAAGGCAUUACAUCAGGAUAAAGUGUGCACCUCUACAUAAACACCCCCAAACUGAAGCCAAAAUGCCUAAUUUGUGGAGAACUGGGAUGUCCAAUCUAAGAGUGGUCUGAGGUAAACAAUAGCAGUUGCAAGGCAUGGAAAAAUGCUUGAACAGCACCAUGGCCGCUACAGACCUGUGCCUUAAACGAAGCAUGUUAUCUACAGUAAUGGUUGGCUUCAUUCUUGGAGCGGUGAUCGUGCUCACAAUCUGCGGCAAUGUGGUGGUGUGCCUAGCCGUGGGCAUGAACCGCAAGCUGCGUAGCUUAACCAACUGCUUUAUCGUGUCUCUGGCUACCACUGACCUGCUCCUGGGACUGCUAGUGCUGCCCUUCUCUGCUGUUAUUGAACUGCACAGGAGCUGGCCAUUUGGGGCCACUUUCUGUAACAUUUACACCAGCCUGGAUGUCAUGUUGUGCACUGCCUCCAUCCUUAAUCUCUUCAUGAUCAGCUUGGACAGAUACUAUGCCGUCACUGCCCCCCUGCGCUACUCCAUGCUGGUGACCCCGUGUCGUGUGGCUGUGGCCAUGGGGUUCAUAUGGGUGGUGUCACUCAUGGUGUCCUUCUUGCCUAUCCACAUGGGGUGGAACACAUCGGACCUCACAGUUCAGAACAAGGGCAAAGGGGAGGAGGACAAAUGCAGGCUCGAGCUGAACAAGGGCUACGUGCUCGUAGACGGUGUUGGCACAUUCUACCUCCCGCUGGUUGUCAUGUGCAGCACCUACUAUCGCAUAUUCAAGAUCGCGCGGGAACAGGCCAAGCGAAUCAACUGCUGCACCGCUUCCUCCUCGCUCAGUAACCACUGUUCCCUGCCCGCGAAAGAGCACAAGGCCACGGUGACCCUAGCCACCGUCAUGGGGGCCUUCAUCAUCUGCUGGUUCCCCUACUUCACCGUAUUCACCUAUCAGGGUCUGAGUGAGGAGGAAGUGGAUGAAAUGACCUUUGCCAUUGUACUGUGGCUUGGCUAUGCCAACUCUGCCCUCAACCCCAUCCUGUACGGAGCUCUGAACCGGGACUUCCGCACUGCUUACAGCAGCCUGCUCCGCUGCCACAAAGUGGGCCCAGCCACAGCCCCCCCUCACUCUCACCAGGGCCGAGCAGAGCUCCCCAGGGGUAGUCACCAACAACACAGCUCCGACUGUAAGGGGAGCCUACCUGAGGAGAGAGCACUAAGCUUGCAGGACAGGAAUGGAAAGGAGAACCCCUUCAUCCAUGAGACCGCAGAAAGGGAUCUGCCAGUUUCCUGUGGGAAGUCAAUGGGGAUCCUGUCCUUCUGCCAGGGCGUGUGGCUGGCCAAGGUAGUGCCAGCGCGGAACAGGUGGAUCUUUGAGGAGAAUGGAGCUGAGCCCACAGUCUCAGAAGAUGGUUGAGCCUUAAUACAGAACCUCAGAAAAUAAAUAAAAUUUGAAUAAAAAAACAUAAUUCAUCUUUUAAGAGGGAAUCUUGGAAUUACAGAAUGCCAGAACAUAACGCAUUUUAAAACAGGACUCCAGAACAUGGUGGAUGUUGAAUUGAACUAUUCCAAUUUGAGCUAAUUUCUUGCUAUCAAAUGAAUCUUGUCAUGGUAACUAACUAACUAACUAACUAAAUAAAUAAAUAAAUAAACACAUAAAUAAAUAAAUCCCCUGAAGAUCAGCUGCUGUUUAAGUGCAGUAAACCAGUAUGAAGGUGAGUAGAGUCUACCUGCAGACAUUUUAAACGCUCUGUACAUUGCAUUAAUCUGUUCGCACAUAGUAAAGUUAGGCUACCAUCCUGCCCUUUUGUACCAGACAACUGCACUUUCUCUGAGGUUUAUCUGCUGUUGCUUUUGAUACAGUGAAUGCCAACAAACGAACAUAAAAGGAAAUGUUGGGGGCUCCAGAGUGAAGGCGAGUGAAGUGUGGAGUGCAGGAUGCGCCUUAUCGCCUGGACGUCGCCGGUUCAAGUCCGGGCUAUUCCACUGCUGACCAUGGAUGGGAGGGGGCGGGGGUGGUGGUGGGGGGGGGGGGGCUUAGGUUGGCCAGGGUGUCCUCGGCUCACCGCGCACCAGCGACCCCUGUGGUCUGGACGGGCACCUGCGGGCUUGUGGUAUUUAUUUAAAUAAUUACUGGUUUUCCUUUAACUGUUUUCCCAUGUAAUAACACUUUAAAGGGACUAAGCUUAAAUGAUGGCAGUAAGCAGGGUUCACUUUAUCAGGUGUUCCCUAAUAACCUGCUAAAAGAAGUGUUGACAACUAAUAUUCCAGUUGGGCUGUGUAACUAAAAUGCAGUACUAAGUACUACAUGGAUUAAAAUAGUCUUUGCAGAGGUCAUCAAAAUACUGUUCUGUAAAUGUACAAACAUUGUAAUAAUGAAAAACCUAGGAAAGCUGUAAACAAACACACAGCAUUGUUCUUUAUUCUAAACAUCGGGUACAUUUCAAUACAGGACAGCAACAUACUUUAUGAACUUCUAAUCUUAGCCCUUUUCCCCCCCAAGUGAUCAGGAGCUUGUCGCUACUGACAUUAACAGGAGUGAUAUUGUGAACGUUUCCCUGUAUUAAUGGAACUGAGACCAUAAGAAGUCUAUGUACCCCUUUCACAGUACCCAGAUGGUGUUUGCUUGUGAUGUGAGCUACAGCCAACAUAUCAAGUGGGCUGAUGCCUCAAGAGUAGCCCAUUUAACAUGCUUUUUACAUGAAAAAAAAAAAAAACGUUAUGCCUAAACUCCACCCCAGCUAAAAGUAACUGAAUUGAGCCAUCAUCAAGGCAUAUACUUCUUUGAUAAGCCCUUUGCAGAAUAUGUAAAAAAAGAAAACAAUAACUAGCAGAACAUAACAAAAAUGGUCUCUCUCUCUCUCUCUCUCUCUCUCUCUCUCUCUCUCUCUCUCUCUCUCUCUCUCUAUUAAUAUAUAUAUAUAUAUAUAAAAUAAAAUGCAAGGGUUUUGGAAACACUUUGCACAUAGAACACACUUGUGUAAAAUCUUUUGUUAUACAAUACAAAGCUAAAAUCUAGUACACUGCUGCCAUCUGCUGUCAGGUGCUAUUAUUUCAGAUUCUGUUUUAUACAGAUUACAGACAUAACAUGCCUCCUGAUAUUUCACUGAUAAGGUAUUUGAAUCAUUUUUAAGGCCAGCAGCCACAAUUUUGUAGCAUAAAGUGAGUGCAGCACAUAGGAAACACUGGAACAGUCAAAAGAAAUGCUACAGUACUUAGAAAGCCAAUACACCAUGUAAAGGAACAGUGAAUACCUGCAUCUAAAAUCAAAUCUUCUACUUGUGAGCGGUCCACUUCUCCUAGCUACAGUAAGUAAAGAAAGAUUUUCUUAUUUCAAUGGUCAUCUUAAAAAUGCCACGACUACAAUAUUGUAUUUAUUGGCUUUAUUUGAAUUAUGAAUACUGCAGCCGAUGCACUAAUAUUUCUAUACUGCAGAUGGCAGCCGCAUGUGGAAUGGAGGGACUGCAGCAGCAAAGCAUUUUUUUAACCUUAAAUACAUAGAACCCAAAAGUCUCUUGUCUUUCUUUUUUGUUUCAGAAUAAAAUGAUGCAUAUCUUAGCUUUUAAUUUUAUUUUUGUAUUUGUUACUGUUAAUGUCUUCUUUAUAAGUUGUUGUGCUUUCACUAGUUUGUAAUAUGGAGAAGUUGUAAUGUUUUUUUUAAAGCUGGCAUAAAAUGGUGGCUCAGUUAUUUUUGCCUAUUUUUUUUUAAAUGUAUUUAUUUUUUGUAGUAUAUUAAAAAUCACAAACGCUUUGAAGACAGGGUUAUUGAUUUCAUACACUAACAUAACACAAGAAAUAAGCCCUCUUCGCCAUUUCUUUCACAUCACAUCUUAAUGCGGCUGCCCCCAACCCCUAGGCUGACUAUUACUGUACUGUGCUUUUUAUUUUAAUUUGAGCCCACACAUCAGUGAGGUAAUACGUCUUCUAAACUAUCUAUUUGUAUCAGCAAUACAUGUUAUUUUAUAAAGCUUUGCUGGAAGACUAAUAAUGAAAAACCACAUUGCUUCCCUGGGCUUCAUUCAUUCUCCUCCUGUCUGUUUCUUAUAUUGAUUAAAGUUGUCAGUCAUUUUGAUUGACUUCCCUUUACCCAAAACAGGGGUAUAUACAGUUGGUGCUUUUCUAAUGUCAUUAGAAUAAAGUUAUGUGAGCAGGACUCUCUAUUUAAGUGAUCAUGCCUGUUGAUCAAGGCGCUGUCUACCGUGUGGUAUUUGACUGUGACUGGAGUUUGUGUCCCGAGCCAAAGGCGAGAGCGCCAGUGCAUGUCAACGUCAGAA